GUUUGUAUAAAGUUAAUUAGGUGAAUUUUCGAGUCAGGUUACGAUGAAGUGUUUCUAUCGUCACUGGUAAUAAUCGAAUGCCAAGACCCAUAGUAUCUCUGGUACUGCGGUACUGCGGUACUGCGGUACUGUGGUACUGUCCCAUCGCCCCACUCAUACAUACACCUUGAUGCGACCCUAACAUGAACACGACGUACCCGACACAUCCUCUGCGCAAAUCCAAUGAAUAAUUAUUCCAGUUAAGGAUGGCCGCCGUUCAAAGAGGCCAAGGGCCAUUGAACAUCGACCUCUCUCCCAAACACUCCCACGCCGACUUUCCACCCAUCUCGGCCCUCUUUCUGAUCUACUUCGACAUCAAGGCCGGUUACACCAUUGGAUGGAAGCGAUCGCUGCCGGGCGUCGAGUUGGAGGGUGUGGUGGAAUACAAGAGUUUGCCAUCGGGUCUGCAUACCGUCAAGGAGGAUCUGAUCUACUUUGUUCAUGAUAAUCUUGCUGGACUCAGUGCUUUUAUCAAUGCGCCGGCCGCUGAGGAGUCGCGAAAUGCUCGCAUGAUUGCGGUGGGGGUGAUGGUGCCCUUGAGUUAUGGCAGACUGGGUCGCAGCUGGAAACAUGCCGAGAGGUUGAAGGAAAUGGCAAGGUGCGAUAUUCGCUUUGUUUCUGCGGGGUAUGAUGCUGAUUCAAAGUCGUAUGUAGUGUGCUGGUCAAGGACGGUUCCAAAACCGAGAUACUGGACGAGUUCUGGGAAGAGAACAAGGGACAAGGAGAUUCGCCCGCUGUCGAGACGGAUUCGAUCGCAGAUACUCCAACGAGCGUAAAGUUCCAAUCGAUACGAACAUCUCCAUCAAAACCACGAGGGCAUAAUAGAAAUCGCUCUGCAUCGGACGGAGCUGCUCUCCUUCCACCCGGCCAACAUCUGGCCGCAUAUCACCCCGCAUGGAGUUUACCCAAUCUACUCGAAAUAUUUGGACCUUUGAUAUUCCCUAUACAUCGAGCGGCCUUGUUACGGAAACGAAUCCUAAUCACAGCACAUGCACCAGUUCAAGAGACUUGUAACUUUGGUCAGUUCUCGCAUACGUCACUCACUUCCACAUGAGACUAAUGAUCAUGGCAGUAUACGAUAUUUCCGUGCUUUCUAAUAUACCACUUGCCGUGAGCGAUCUACUGGCAUCUACGGCCCCUCCUCAACGCUUGCGACCGUUGUUUUCGAUUGGAGUACACGAUAUCCCAUUAUUGGAGGAAGACCUUCGAGCUGCCAAAGCGGCGGCAGCUACUUCCGAAUCCUCUUUAUCCGAACAGAGGGACGAGCUAGGUUGUGGAUGGAUAGCAUGUACAACAGACAGUAUUUUGGCCAUGAAAAGUUCAUUGUACGAUGUUCUGAUUACAAUGCCUGCCCCGCAUUCCGAGAACGCAUCGGAGAAAGUAUGGCCAAAGGUUGAGUCUCCACAGGGAAUAGAAAUGCGAGCCACACAGCGAGAUCUACGGCGAUACACAGCUCUUCGAUGGGGACUUUCACGACAUGUUUCACCACCAGAUAGCGCAUCAGCCAGGCGGGGUAGCGCGAUUGAAGAGGAUAGUGGACGUGCAACAUCAUCAAGCACCUUAGUAGUCAGCCAAGAGUCUAUACUCGAUAUUCCAGACACAGACGAUAUCAUCGAGCCACAAUCUUGGGCGGCCCUCGCUUAUUCUGGAUUCAUGUGGUGGGCCAGUGCAGGCGAGCAAAGAGUCCACUCGGAGCAGGAAACCGAAUCUGAUGGAGCUCUUCUCUCUGGCCUAGCCAUCUCCCCUAAUUCGGAAACAGCAAGACCGAGAUCUCAAUCAACCGCCUCCUUAGGCGGAGGACCCAUUAAAGAAGACAACAACGCCACACAGGAAAUGGCCAUUAUUGCCUACUUCCACCGACUCACCACCCAGAUCCUCACAACACUAAGUGACAUCGUAGAUGCCACAGACUCGGACGACGAACGAGAAGAUGAGAACCAGCCAUUAAGACAUAGUCCCUCUUUCGAGGAUAGCGCUUCCAACGGUCCUCCGGUUUUUAUCUCUAGCGACGAUGUUACCGCGAUGGGAUUAGAGUAAGUCUCCUCACUACCUGUCCCAAAAAGUCGCGAGAAGUAUGUACUAAUUUAUACAGUGUAUGGAGUUCCACGGACCACCUCUUCAUUGAAGAAGUGUGUCAGGAGUACUUUGGACGUCGUGCUCAUAUUGAAGGGAGGGAAAUUGAUGUCUGCGGGAUACGGAUUUGUUGAUACUCUCUUUGGCUUCAUCGAGUAAGGAACUCGAGGAGGGGGGCUGGGUGGGAUGGUGACGAAGAGUAAUUGUACAAAAGUAUGUUGGAAUGGGGAAGGCGUUUGGGGGUUGUUGAGGUCCUGGGUGUUUAUCAACUAUUUUUGCAGAGUAUUUUGUCCAGAAUAGGGGGCUUUUUUAUAUAGGAAUUUUUUCUUUGCUGCUUCUUUGUCCUCUUUUUUUCGUCUUAGUGAGUGGGUUGCUAAUGGAAAUGUUGAUUGUCUGUCAAAACCGAGACACUGUUGUCAGUAUACGCAUACCCAUGUAGCAAGAGUACUGUACGAGUACGGUAAGAGAAGACUUCCUAGCUAUCCCAACCCAUCUAUCCACCUAUCCAUCCAUCCAUUCAUUCAUUCAUACAUACGUACGCAACACUUCACAACCAACUCACAAUCAAUAAAAUAUCACAAUCUUUUAAGAAUUUAACAAGCUCACAAAAAACCACAACAUAACACAACACGAUUCGAAAGCUUCGAAAAACACCCCUAGUUGCACAGUUCAAUACUAACCCAGCCCUGGAAGGCCUGGAAGGGAACUGGAAGUAGGACUUUCUUUCUUUCUUUCUAGUAAACGUGAACGGAACCGUACUGGACUGUGCACCACAUACAUCCCUUAUGCACAAUGAAAAAGAAAAAGAAAAUAGAAAUAAAAACGCCCUGCCCAUGCCGUUAUUUUACACAUUCACACAUUUCAUGUCCCCCGAAAAAUGCACGCACGCACCCUCGCGAUCCAAGCCAGAAAAAAGUAAGGAA